AUGUCUUUCCCUGCUGAUAUUGCACCAUCCAAAGCGGCGGAGGGCCGUGCAGAGGAGUUCGGUGAGAGAACCUCGCGAGAAGGAAACGAUGCUCCUCCGCUCGGGGCAGGGGCGGUCGAGGCGUCUGUUUCUCUGACGCAAGACGCCGCGCCACGUGAUGCAAAGAUGGAAGAGCCUGGGACGCUAUCGGCAAGAGUGAACCAGAUAACGAUUCAGGCCACAGUCGAGGCGGGGAAAAGGGAAAGGAACAGGACGGAGAAGGACAAGAAGGACGGAGGACUCGAGACGUGGCAUUCGACUUCGCGGUUCCUCUACGUGCUGUUUGUUGUGCAACCUCUCUCUGCUUCGUCUUCUCCUUCUCCGUCUUCUUCUUUCCCCCCUCGCGCUCUCUCCCGUCGCGCCGUGUCCGAGCGACUGCAGGAGGCUCUCGUGUCUCUGGUAGGACGCAUCGGGUUGCAGUUGAUCCUCGCCGAGCUGCGUCACUUCAAGGACAACCUCGGAAUCAUCCGAACGGAUGUAGAAGGUGCGCCUUCUCUCCUCCUCGCUCUUCACCAAAUCGACCGAAUCAAUGAUCAGCCGUGUCGGUGCGUUUUGCUCCGCACGUCGAGCGUCUUAGGCGCCCUCGCGGCUCCUCGCCGUCCUGCCGCGUCUCUCGUGCUUCUCUAA